AUGUCAGGACUUUCAACAGGACGAAUUGUCGGUAUCGUUGUAGCUGUUGUUGUGUUGUUCGUGUUAGGAUUUUUAAUAGGCUGGUUUUCGGCGCCAAGAGAUUCAGAUGAUUCAUCCGGUGAAAAAUUUGACAUGAAAUAUAUCGCGAAAAAGCGCAAGGGAGAAAUAAAGGAGAAAAAUGAAUUUCAUAAGAAGCUGUUCGAAUUGCUGGACGCGGAGAAAAUCGGAGAAAAUCUGAGGUAUUUUUCAGAGCGACCCCACGUUGGAGGAACACCACGUUCAAAGGAAUUGGCAGUGGAACAACCGGAAUAUGAUAUACUUCUACCUUACGUUCAACCAAACGUCUCGAAUUCCGUACAGAUUUUGAAUUCCACUCGGGAUGUGACUUUCGAGUUCUCCGGACCAGAGAAGUUGGCAGACCCGAGCGAAAACGACACUACGAUGAUCCCACCCUUACUGGGUUUUGCAAAGCAAGGAUCGGCCGAAGGGAAACUCUUGUAUGUAAAUUAUGGAAGAACUGAAGAUUUUCAAGUAUUGAAAAAUAACUUCAGUAUCGCAAACUGCAGUGGCUACAUUGUCAUCAUGCGAUAUGGAAAGAUAUAUCGCGGCGAUAAGGUAAAAAAUGCCCAGGAAUGUGGUGCAGAAGGUGCCAUUUUAUACAACGAUCCUAAAGAUUACGCAAUAUAUGGUCAAGACAAGGUCUACCCAAAAUACAUUUGGCUUCCAAAGACGGGCGUCGAGAGCGGAGGCAUAUUUGUAGGUCGUGGAGAUCCGCUGACCCCUGGUCUACCGUCAGUCGAAGGGGUAUUCAGAAUACCCGAAGAGAAGGCUGGACUGCCCAAGAUCCCGGCUACACCGAUGCCAUACGGAGAUGCCGUUAGACUAUUGGGGAUCAUGGAAGGUAAAGAGGUUCCUGAAAUAUGGAAGGGUGCAUUGAACAUCUCGUACAAACUUGGUUGGCGCCCAAGACGCACCAUUAAAUUCUGCAGCUGGGGAGCAGAGGAAUCAGGUUUGAUAGGAUCAACGGAAUGGGUGGAAGAAAAUGAACGAGCUUUGUCAACAAAAGCAAUAACCUACAUAAAUGUUGAUGUCGCAUGCUAUGGUAACCUAACCUUUAUGCUGGCCGGCUCCCCCCUGCUUAAGACAGCAAUUUAUGAAAAUGUUAAAGAAGUCGACGAUCCGCAUGGGAAAAAAGUAUACGAUCAAAUGAAGAAAUCGAACGUCACUUAUAGAGAUUUGGGUGCGGGUUCAGAUUACGCCAGUUUUUAUCAAUUUUGUGGAGUGCCAUCCUUGGACAUGACCUACGCUGGUAAGGUAUUCUACCCCGUUUAUCACACAGUCCACGACACGUACAAAUGGCUCCAAGGUUUGAUCGAUCCCUACUUCAAAUUCCACCUAACCACAGCUAGAGUUGCCUCAAAACUGUUGAUGUAUACGGCUGAUAGUUUUGUAUUACCACUCGAUGUCACAGAGUAUGGCAAAUCUCUUAACCGCUCACUGAAAACAUUGAGGGAAAAUCAUGGGAAAGAACUUGAAAAGAAUGCCACCUUAGAUUACAUUGAGAGUAUUCGAAGAAGAAGCGCAGAAAUUCCAAGCGGAAAAAGAGAAGCACUCGACGAAAAAGAUGACGUAAAACUACGAGAUCUCAAUGACCGUAUGGUCAACGUUGAGAAAUCCUUCAUCAGCGCCCCGGGCUUGCCAAAUCGACCAACCACAAGGCACAUUGUAUUCGCGCCAUCUGUCAACAAUGCCUAUGGUAGCACCAGUUUUCCGGGAAUCUCUGAUCUGAUGUUUAAGCAGAAUAAAACUGAUCAAGAUUGGUUGGAUAUCAAGGAGCAGAUAUCUGUUGUAUUCAAAGCGAUUUCGAGUGCAACAGAUACACUGAAAGCCGAUGCGAAUGACAACCAGGACUGA